GCUGCCGGCGCCCCUGCCCCCGGCCAGGGCGCGGUGCGCAGCGGUCAUGGCCCGCCGGGGCGCCGCCGCGUUGGCGCUGGCUCUCGCGCUCCUGGCGCUGGCGCUGGCCCGGGCUGGGGCCCAGGGCGCGGCCCUCGAGGACCUGGGCUAUUCCGUGCAGGAGAUCUGGACCCGCGAGCCCUACGCGGCGCGCCCGGAGCCCGAGCCCGAGCCCUUCUCGCCGCCGCUGCCCGCGGGCACCGGGGAGGAGGAGCGGGAGCCGCGUCUGCCCCGGCCCAGGCCGCCCAAGAAGGCCAACAAGCCCAAGAAAGCUCCCAAAAAGAAGUUGGCUCCGGAGACGCCGCUGUCAGGUAAAAAUAGCAGCAGGAAAGGCCUGAGAACCAAGAGCCCUGAGAAAGCCGCCAGUGACCAUCACAGCACCCAGGUGGCCCACGAAGACAUCCGAGAGAGUUGCCCACCUCUUGGUCUGGAAACCCUAAAAAUCUCAGACUUCCAGCUCCAUGCGUCAACAACGAAGCGUUACGGCCUGGGAGCUCAUCGAGGGAGACUCAACAUCCAGGCAGGUAUUAAUGAAAAUGAUUUUUAUGAUGGGGCAUGGUGUGCGGGAAGGAACGACCUCCACCAGUGGAUAGAAGUGGACGCUAAGCGGCUGACCAAAUUCACUGGUGUCAUCACCCAAGGACGGAACUCAUUCUGGUUGAGUGACUGGGUGACAUCCUAUAAGGUCAUGGUGAGCAAUGACAGCUAUACGUGGGUCACUGUUAAGAACGGAUCUGGGGACAUGAUAUUUGAAGGAAACAGCGAAAAGGAGAUCCCUGUUCUCAAUGAGCUGCCCGCCCCCAUGGUGGCCCGCUACAUCCGCAUAAACCCACAGUCCUGGUUUGAUAAUGGGAGCAUCUGUAUGAGGAUGGAGAUCCUUGGCUGCCCAUUACCAGAUCCUAAUAACUAUUAUCAUAGACGGAAUGAAAUGACCACCACUGAUGACCUGGAUUUUAAGCAUCACAACUACAAGGACAUGCGACAGUUGAUGAAGGUUGUGAAUGAAAUGUGCCCCAAUAUCACCAGAAUUUACAACAUUGGCAAAAGCCACCAGGGCCUGAAGCUGUACGCUGUGGAGAUUUCCGACAACCCUGGGGAACAUGAAGUGGGCGAGCCCGAGUUCCACUACAUCGCCGGCGCCCACGGCAACGAGGUGCUGGGCCGCGAGCUGACGCUCCUGCUGAUGCAGUUCCUGUGCCAGGAGUACCUGGCCCGGAGCCCGCGCGUCGUCCGCCUGGUGGAGGACACCCGGAUCCACAUCCUGCCCUCCCUCAACCCCGACGGCUACGAGACGGCCUUCCAAGGGGGCUCGGAGCUGGGAGGCUGGUCCCUGGGGCGCUGGACCCACGAUGGGAUCGACAUUAACAACAACUUUCCUGACCUAAACACACCCCUCUGGGAGGCAGAGGACCGGCGGAACCUCCCGAGGAAAGUUCCCAACCACUAUAUUGCAAUUCCUGAGUGGUUUCAGUCUGAAAAUGCCACGGUGGCAGUAGAGACCCGGGCAGUCAUAGCCUGGAUGGAAAAGAUCCCCUUUGUGCUGGGUGGGAACCUGCAGGGGGGCGAGCUGGUGGUGGCGUACCCCUACGACAUGGUGCGGUCGCCCUGGAAGACGCAGGAGGCCACCCCGACGCCCGACGACCACGUGUUCCGCUGGCUGGCCUACUCCUACGCCUCCACCCACCGCCUCAUGACUGAUGCCCGGAGGAGAGUGUGCCACACGGAGGACUUCCAGAAGGAAGACGGGACUGUCAACGGUGCUUCUUGGCACACUGUGGCCGGAAGUCUGAACGAUUUCAGCUACCUUCACACAAACUGCUUCGAACUGUCCAUCUACGUGGGCUGUGACAAAUACCCGCACGAGAGCGAGCUGCCCGAGGAGUGGGAGAAUAACAGGGAGUCCCUGAUCGUGUUCAUGGAACAGGUGCAUCGCGGCAUCAAGGGCCUGGUGAGAGACUCGCAUGGGAAAGGGAUUCCAAACGCCAUUAUCUCUGUGGACGGUGUGAACCACGACAUCCGGACAGCCAGCGAUGGGGAUUACUGGCGCCUCCUGAACCCCGGAGAAUACACAGUCACGGCGAAGGCAGAUGGCUUCACCACUUCCACCAAGAACUGCAUGGUUGGCUACGAUAUGGGGGCCACUCGGUGUGACUUCACACUCAGCAAAACCAACCUGGCCAGGAUUAGAGAGAUCAUGGAGAAGUUUGGGAAGCAGCCUGUCAGCCUGCCAGCCAGACGGCUGCCGCUGCGGGGGCGCGGGAGACGACAGCGCUGGUGACGACGGUGCUGCUGAUUCUCGCGACACUUGCGACUUGCCUGGACCUUGCAAAUCACACCAACCCUGGUAGUGGCUCCAUAGCUGACUUGCUCGCUGCUGUUUUCUCUGUAAUUCAGGAAGCACCUGGAGAAUAUGUGCAUUGCCAGGCUGGUCCUGAAGGAUAGAGCUGAAGGCUUAGGAUAUUUUCUUUCUUUUAUUCCCAUUUAUCCAAAUAACUCAGAAAGAGCAGCGGAGAAAGGCUGGUAGGAGUAAGAGAAUUCAGCAAGUCAAAUGGGGAAUAGGAGUGAGCUUGUUCAUUCACAGCCUCCUGGCUGCACAGAAAGAAAUCGGUGCAGUGGGUUUGCAUGCACCUGAAAUUUGCUCAGAUAAAAUCAAGUUGUUCUUAAGGGCCCUGCUAUCCCAAAAGUUACCAUUUGAGACGCUCACAGGCAUUCUAGGACAAUCUAUCCUCUCUGACCCCAGGGCAAAUAAAUUCCGCACCCUUUUGACAAUAGAGAUGUUACCAGUGCGCAUCAGGAGGCCUUUUGAAUCAGUUUAUUUUCCUUUGCAACAAAGGCUUGUGCUCAUAAAAGGAGAGAGAAGCUGAAAUAAUUCAAGAGGAAUUGCUGGGCAGCUGGCAUGCAUCCUUACGGCGCUCCUUACAGGCAGGCUCGGUUCACAGAGAACUCCUCAAACUUCCUGCUGGUCUGGUGACCCCGGGAGCCCCCAAUGGGGACAGCCAAGGGCACCAACCUUCCUAAGGAAUCAGGUCAUUUAGCCUCGUUCUCCUCUUUAGCCAGAUGGAUUCAAAAAGAGAGCCAGAGGUGGCUGACCCUUUGCUUCAUGGGAAUAGGCUUCCAGAAGUUGGCCUAACAUCAGUGCAGGAGGUAUUUUUGAUAUGUGGAAUUCCAGACCUCCCAAAUUAGGCCAAAUGUGAUGAAAAACUUGGUGGAGCAUUGGUUUUGGAAGUGUUAUUAAAUUACUAUGCAAGAAAA